AUGGUGCAGCCCGCAGGGCUCGCGCGGCUCCCGCGCUUGGGCGGCCCGGCGCGGGCGGGGGCGCCGAGGGCGGGGGAGCAGGGCCGAUUCGCAGGGCCGGGUCGGGGCCGCGCAGGCCGCGCCGUUCGGGAGCGGGCCCCGCGGGCGGGCUGGGCGGGGCGGGAGCCGCCGCGGAGCCUUCGGGCCGCCGCGACCAUGUCGGACCAGGCGCCCAAAGUUCCCGAGGAGAUGUUCAGGGAGGUCAAGUACUACGCGGUGGGCGACAUCGACCCACAGGUUAUUCAGCUUCUAAAAGCUGGGAAAGCUAAGGAAGUGUCGUACAAUGCACUCGCCUCACACAUCAUUUCAGAAGACGGGGACAAUCCGGAGGUGGGAGAAGCUCGGGAAGUCUUUGAUUUGCCUGUAGUCAAGCCUUCUUGGGUGAUUCUGUCCGUUCAGUGUGGAGCUCUUCUUCCAGUAAAUGGCUUUUCUCCAGAGUCAUGUCAGAUUUUCUUUGGAAUCACUGCCUGCCUCUCUCAGGUGUCCCCUGAGGACAGAAGCGCCCUGUGGGCUAUGCUCACCUUCCAUGGCGGGGGCUGCCAGCUGACUCUCGACAAGAAGUGCACGCACCUGGUUGUUCCAGAACCAAAGGGGGAGAAAUAUGAAUGUGCUUUAAAGAGAGCGAGUAUUAAAAUCGUGACGCCCGACUGGGUCCUGGAUUGCGUAGCUGAGAAGACCAAAAAGGACGAAGCACUUUACCAUCCUCGUCUCAUCAUUUAUGAAGAGGAAGAGGAGGAGGAGGAGGAGGAGGAGGAGGAGGUGGAAAACGAGGAACAAGAUUCCCAAAAUGAGGGCAGCACAGAUGAGAAGUCGAGCCCUGCCAGCUCUCAGGGAGGCUCCCCCUCGGGUGACCAGCAGUUUUCACCCAAAUCGAACACUGAAAAAUCUAAAGGGGAAUUGAUGUUUGAUGAUUCUUCAGAUUCGUCACCUGAAAAACAAGAGAGAAAUUUAAACUGGACCCCCGCGGAGGUCCCGCAGUUAGUGACAGCGAAGCGCAGGCUGCCUCCUGGCCAGGAGCCCGGGUUAAUUAACUUGUGUGCCAACGUGCCGCCGGUCCCAGGGAACAUCCUGCCCCCCGAGGUCCGCGGUAAUUUAAUGGCUUCAGGACAAAACCUCCAGAGUUCCGAAAGGUCAGAGAUGAUAGCUGCUUGGAGUCCAGCUGUGCGGACGUUGCGAAAUAUCACUAAUAAUGCUGACAUUCAGCAGAUCAACCGGCCGGCCAACGUAGCACACAUCUUACAGUCCCUCGCAGCUCCGACAAAGACCUUAGAGCCGCAGGUGAACCACGGCCAGCAGGGCCACGCGAACGCAGCGCUGCUCAGCCAGGCGAAAGUGACCCCGGAGCCACAUCUGUCGCCGCCACCACCGCCGCCGGCCCCGCCGCCCGUCCUGCACCUGCCGCCCCAGCAGGCCCUGCAGCUCCAGCAGCAGCCUUACCCGCCGCCGCCGCAUCCGUUUCGGCCGCCGCCACAGGCCCACCAGCCUCAGUUCCCCCCGCAGCAGCAGGUGCUGCAGCACCAGCUCGCACACUUGCAGCAGCUCCAGCGCCUGCACCAGCAGCAGCAGAUGCAAACGCAGACCCCCCAGGCCCCGCCGUGCCAGCUGCAGCACCAGCUAUUUGGGCACGACCCAGCAGUAGAGAUUCCAGAAGAAGGCUUCUUACUGGGCUGUGUGUUUGCAAUUGCGGAUUAUCCAGAGCAGAUGUCUGACAAACAGCUGCUGGCCACCUGGAAAAGGAUAAUCCAGGCGCACGGAGGUGCCGUGGACCCCACGUUCUCGAGCCGCUGCACGCACCUGCUCUGUGAGAGCCAAGUGAGCGGGCUGUUCGCACAGGCGGUGAAGGAGAGGAAGAGGUGUGUCACGGCGCACUGGCUGAACGCGGUGCUGAAGAAGAAGCGGCUCGUGCCGCCCCAUCGGGCCCUACACUUCCCCGUGGCCUUCCCGCCCGGGGGGAGGCCAUGCUCCCAGCACAUCAUCUCCGUGACCGGGUUUGUCGACGGAGACAGGGACGACCUGAAGCUGAUGGCCUGCCUGGCGGGCGCCAGGUACACGGGCUACCUGUGCCGCAGCAACACGGUCCUCAUCUGCAGAGAACCAACUGGUUUAAAGUAUGAGAAAGCCAAAGAGUGGAGGAUCCCGUGCGUGAACGCCCAGUGGCUGGGAGACAUCCUUCUGGGGAACUUGGAGGCCCUGCGGCAGAUUCAGUACGGCCGCUACACCACCUUCAGCCUGCAGGACCCCUUCGCCCCGGCUCCACACUUGGUUUCAAACCUUCUGGAUGCUUGGAGAGUUCCAUUGAAAGUGUCAGCAGAGUUGCUGAUGGGUGUACGACUGCCUCCCAAACUGAAGCAGAAUGAAGCAGCUAAUGUCCAGCCCUCUUCCAAAAGAGCCAGAAUUGAAGAUAUACCACCUCCCACUAAGAAGUUAACACCAGAAUUGACCCCUUUUGUGCUUUUCACUGGAUUUGAGCCUGUUCAAGUUCAACAGUAUAUUAAGAAGCUCUACGUUCUUGGUGGGGAGGUCGCCGAGUCUGCACAAAAGUGCACCCACCUCAUCUCCAGCAAGGUGACGCGCACCGUGAAGUUCCUGACCGCCAUCUCCGUGGUGAAGCACAUCGUGACUCCGGAGUGGCUGGAGGAGUGUUUCAAGUGUCAGAAGUUCAUUGAUGAGCAAAACUACCUUCUCCGAGAUGCCGAGGCUGAGGUGCUUUUCUCCUUCAGUCUGGAAGAGUCCUUGAGGAGGGCACGCGUGUCUCCGCUCUUUAAGGCGAAAUAUUUCUACAUCACUCCUGGAAUCUGCCCGAGUCUUUCAACUAUGAAAGCGAUCGUGGAAUGUGCAGGAGGGAAAGUACUGUCUAAACAACCAUCUUUCCGGAAACUCAUGGAACAUAAGCAAAAUAAGAGUUUGUCAGAAAUAAUUUUGAUAUCCUGUGAAAAUGACCUUCACUUGUGUCGAGAAUAUUUUGCCAGAGGAAUAGAUGUCCAUAACGCAGAGUUCGUUCUAACUGGAGUGCUCACACAGACACUGGACUACGAGUCAUAUCCUUUGAGAUGUGCGCUGCGGACCCCCGCGCAUCCUCGACGUCAGCUGUGUGGGCCCCGUAGCUCCAUGAAUGAGGACAUUUUUGCCAGAGCUGGUGAUAAAAGAGCCCUUCCAUUCUUAUAUCUAUCUCUGGGUUUUUUCCUACCUUUGGGUGGUUGGUGGGUGUCACCUCAGGGUCCCUUUUCUUGCAUCUGAAGGAGCCCGAGUCAUUCUGCCC